AUGUGUUUAUCCCGCUCGCACUUAAAUGAGGAAGCUGGUCGCAAGCAAAGAGUUCGUUAUGAAGCCAAACUACUGUCGGUGGUAGAUGAUUACUUGCUGAUUGAAAAAUUUGAAAAUCCUUUUUUGUACAACACGGUAUUGGCAGAAACACCUGAUGCCAUCAAGCCAGUCUCCGUCACCCUGGAUGUGGAAACAGCGCAUCCGCUGCUCGAGGUGUCUGAGGAUCGAAAGAGGGUGAGACUGCGCGGGACUCGGAGGAGUCUCCCUGGCACCGGGAAAAGGUUUACAGGCUGGCGGUGUGCGCUGGGAUCGGAGGGAUUCACAUCGGGGAGACAUUACUGGGAGGUGGAGGUGGCGGGGAGUCGGCGCUGGAGUCUGGGAGUCGCCGCAGAAUCUGUGGAGAGGAAGAAACGGGCCACACUGACCCCGGAGACUGGAGUCUGGAGCAUCGGGCGGUGGGGUGACGGGUUUGUUGCAUUCGCCUCACUUCCAUCCCAUCUUCCCGCCCGUUCCAUCCCCGGGAGGGUGGGGAUUUAUCUCAGUUACGAGUCCGGGACAGUUUCAUUUUACGACGCGGACACCAAGUCCCAUCUCCACACCUUCACUAGGAAUAAAUUCACGGAGAAACUGUAUCCUUUCUUCGAGCCUUGGCAUGAAGACCAGUGGCUGAGUAUCUGCUCCGUUUCCGCUCCGGGUGUGCAACACUGUCAAAUUGAACAAACAAACGUUUGA